CAACUUCAGGGCGGACCUGCAGCCGACUGCUCAUCCCUCCACUCCAACGCGCCUACCCAAUAUGCCGCUGUCAGCCCUUAGAACGGUUGCGAAACCUCAGAAUGGUGUUGGGGCCUUCAUUCUCCAAUGCAAGAAACUCGAGUUCCACUACUGCGACUGGGCCGGCUCCUCGCGCGGUAUGAACGCCUUCCUCAAAUCCUCCCUUUCCGCCUUUGCCAAACGCAACCCCUCCAUCGAAAUAUCAGUAUCCCCUCGCCCCAGGAAGCACCCCGUCAUUCGAGCACACUACAUCAACGGCAACCAACGCUCCAUCUGCGUGCGGAACAUGACCAACGACAUCAUAAGAGAGAAGGCAGAGUUGCUGCGGGAUGCGAGCGGCGAGAAGAACCAAAAGUACAACAAACCGGUCACUAGUAUCAACGAGAGCGUUAGGGGUAUCUGGAGUCCGUUCCAUGGCGCAAAAAUUCAGAUAUAG